GUAAGAGUGAAGAGGUGCUGCACCUAUAGGCUCUGCUCGAGGCUGGGACUGAAUUGUUAAUAUGGCUCCAGGGCUGAUGCCCGGACUCGCGCCUGGUGGUGGAGUAAGUUGGGGGAGGGAAGGACGGAGGGAACUAUGGCAAGCUCUGGGUGCAGUAGCUACUUUCUGCCCGGCUGGGCCAGAGGGGCCGAGCCAGUGCACCCAGGACACAGGGCUCAGCCCUGCAGGAGAGGAGAGCAGGGGCGGCAGGGUGACAGCCACUGUGGGGCCUCGUGCCCCCAGCACUUCCUGCCUCCUCACAGCUUCUUGGCAUCGUACAGUUUGGUUCACCUAGCAGCCCUGUGAGGUAGAGACCCCUGGGUUAUCGCCCCAUUGGUCAGAGAGGCACCGAGGCCCUGGGAAGUGAAGCAGCUGGGUGGCCCCUCCGCUGGGCUGCACUCAAAGGGCAGGCCCACCUCCUCAGGAACACUGGGAAAGGAGGGUGCGGCGUCUUUACUGCCCCGAGCAGUGCUGACCGUGCGGCAGGAGGCGAGAGCGGCACAGGAGCAUGCGUGUGGUUCGGGCUUUGUAGAGACAAUUAAUUAAAUAGACAGUUGUGUAGAUACGGAGGAAAAAGCGGAGGGGUGUUUGCUACGAGAUUAGCCGCGAUAUUCCUGAGUGCUGCGGUCAUGGGUCGCUGUCAUUUUCUUCUCAGUAUUUUUCAGUAUUGCCCAGAGUGUUUUUAUAACAAAGCAGCUAUUCUGUGUAUGAUCAGAAUAGAAAGAGUAAUGACUGCUAGGAAAGACAAGACCAGAGCGCAGGGAGUUCGGGUGGGGCUGGUGCCUACCGUUGACCCCUCCCUGCCAUCUCCCUCGCCCAGGCGCCCACACCCAGCUGGUCCAGGUGAACGACUCCAUGUAUGGUUUCAUCGGCACAGAUGUGGUGCUGCACUGCAGCUUUGCCAACCUGCUGCCCGGCGUGAAGAUCACCCAGGUCACAUGGCAAAAGGCCACCAAUGGCUCCAAGCAAAAUGUGGCCAUCUACAACCCAGCCAUGGGCGUCUCCGUGCUGGCUCCCUACCGCGAGCGCGUGGAGUUCCUGCGGCCCUCCUUCAUGGAUGGCACCAUCCGCCUCUCCCACCUGGAGCUGGAGGACGAGGGUGUCUACAUCUGCGAGUUUGCCACCUUCCCUGCUGGCAAUCGCGAGAGCCAGCUUAAUCUGACUGUGAUGGCCAAGCCCACCAACUGGAUAGAGGGCACCCAGGCGGUGCUUCGAGCCAAGAAGGGGCGUGACGAUAAAGUCCUGGUGGCCACCUGCACCUCGGCCAACGGGAAGCCACCCAGCGUGGUGUCCUGGGAAACACGGCUGAAGGGCGAGGCAGAGUACCAGGAGAUUCGGAACCCCAACGGCACAGUGACUGUCAUCAGCCGCUACCGCCUGGUGCCUAACCGGGAGGCCCACCAGCAGCCCCUGGCCUGCAUCGUCAACUACCACCUGGACCGCUUCCGGGAGAGCAUCACCGUCAACGUGCAGUAUGAGCCUGAGGUGACCAUCGAAGGGUAUGAUGGGAAUUGGUACCUGCAGCGGAUGGAUGUGAAGCUCACCUGCAAAGCUGAUGCUAACCCCCCCGCCACUGAGUACCACUGGACCACGCUGAAUGGCUCUCUCCCCAAGGGCGUGGAGGCCCAGAACAGAACACUUUUCUUCAGGGGACCUAUCAACUAUAGCCUGACAGGGACCUACGUCUGCAAGGCCACCAACCCCAUCGGCACCCGCUCAGGCCAGGUGGAGGUCAACAUCACAGAAUUCCCCUACACCCCAUCUCCUCCUGAACACGGGCGGCGAGCGGGGCCGGUGCCCACGGCCAUCAUUGGGGGCGUGGCAGGGAGCAUCCUGCUGGUGGUCAUCGUGGUCAGUGGGAUCGUGGUGGCCCUGCGCCGGCGCCGGCACACCUUCAAGGGCGACUACAGCACCAAGAAGCACGUGUAUGGCAACGGCUACAGCAAGGCGGGCAUCCCCCAGCACCACCCGCCCAUGGCCCAGAACCUGCAGUAUCCUGAUGACUCCGACGACGAGAAGAAGGCCGGCCCGCUGGGAGGCAGCAGCUACGAGGAGGAGGAGGAGGAGGAGGGCGGCGGAGGGGGCGAGCGCAAGGUGGGAGCCACUCACCCCAAAUAUGAGGAGGAUGCCAAGCGGCCCUACUUCACAGUGGACGAGGCAGAAGUCUGUCAGGACAGCUACGGGGACCGGACUCUGGGCUACCAGUACGACCCUGAGCAGCUGGACUUGGCCGAGAACAUGGUUUCUCAGAACGAUGGGUCUUUCAUUUCCAAGAAGGAGUGGUAUGUGUAGUUCCUCCCCAGAGCCUGUCUGUACCCCUUCUCCACCCCACCCGCACGCCCCCCACCUGCCCUCACUGCCUGGUCCUCCAGGGCCUCCCAGAGACUCGCCCAGCUGCCCAAAGCCACCUCCCACUCACUCCCCGGGAGCCAGGGAGCCCUGGGCACACCCACCUGGCCUUGUUUGAUGCCCUCCCUGCCCCCACUCUCCCCAUGGUGUUGUGCUCACUGUGGCUUGGAUGUUACUGUACCUCUCCUCCCAGCUACAGCCUCCUGCGCCACGUGCAGGAGCCCCGAUCUCGUCUGUGCACCCGGGCAUCCACCCCCAGGAUUCAGGGGGCAGCCCUCCCCCACUCCGACACUGGAAUCUUUGUUCUCCACUGGGGGUAGGAGGCUGAAGGCCUCCAGGAGAAAGAGCCUCACCCCUAGAUGCUGCUCUUUUCCCACGAAGAGGGAACCCAGCCCCCAUGGAGCUGAGCUGACGCGGCCAGGAGACUGAACCUGGUCUAGACAGCAGUUGCCCCAGAGGCAGGGGCGAGCGUGUCUCCCCAGAGCACAGGGCUGCCGGGUGCACCAGGCCGACGGAGCUGCGGCCCCGCCUGGGCCGGAGCGUGUUUUCCUGCGAGGUGGGCUUUGUCUCUGCCCCCUUGUCCCACAGGAAGGAGCGUCCCACCCGACGCCCUUUGUUGCCCUUCUGCUCCCUGAGUGGGGCUCCGGGUGGACUCCGGCCCACACUUCCCACGCCUCUGCCGACAGACACGUACCCACAUACACACACGACCUUGUCUGCUGCCAACCCCUGGGUCACGUGCCCCCCCGGGCUGGACGCUGCUCAUGGCGCGCUCCUCCCCACUCCUGCCCCUUCCCGGUUGGCAGUGGAGCGGCCUGAAGCUUUCCGGGAGGCCGAGACUAGGCCCUGCCGCCCCCACCUAGGAUCUCAUGCUGGCCUACAGCAUGGAAGUCUCUUGGGUUUCUUUCUCAUCUGUCGAGUGCUAGCAACUCUUGAUUCUCUUGAGUCAGGGUUGGGGUCCCAAAGGGAACCACCUCUAGGCCUUAGAGGCAAGCACGCACCGCCGUGGAGGGCGUGGGAAGGACGCCGUGUGGUAGGAGCUCUGAGCUAGUCACAGACUCUGAAGGGUGUGGGUAGCACCCCUCCUGAAGGCCAGAGGGCAAGGGGAGAGGGGAGCAGGGACACCUGCCGCCCGCCACUGCUUCCUGCUCAGCUGCCCCUGGUCUCUGUUCAGCCGGUGGCAUGUGAGCAGCUUUUCCUCAUUUGAGUUGUAGGCCUGAUAUCCUAGCAGUCACCCAAGACUUGGUGUCCCCACCUCUACAGUGGAGGAAGGCCCUCCCCACCCUCUCAGUUCCCCCAGCUCAAAGUGCCUCAGCCCCUGCAUCUGCCCACUCAUUGCCCCCACCCCUGGCACUCUAGACAGGAAGACUCUGGGGGGGAGAUGCAGUUCAUGCCUGCCCAUUAGGAUCCCCGUUAACUGUUAACUCAGCGCAGGUGUCAGCAGCUCCAUGGGAUGGCAAGUGUUGGGGGGAGGGGCAGGCCACUGUGCUCCAGGAGCACUAGCCUGCCCUGCCAUAGGCUUCCCAAGGGAGCUCCCAGCCCCCCCCCUUAUUUCUCCCCUCCCUGGUGCUGCUAUUGGACCCCUAGUCAGCUCCUGGCAACCCUGGGCCCGCCAGGUGGGCCCCCCUCACCUGGCCCCUACAGCCCAGGCCCAGCCCAGGCUACCCAGUAGCCACGUAGCAGAAAUCUGAAGCCAUGGCAGCCCUGGGGCCGCUCCCCCUCUUGGUAUUAAGGGUACUGGGUGGAGUUGGGGGAGAAAAUUCUGGAGUCUUUCUAGCUACAGGGCAGAGGGGGUGGAGGAGCUGGGCUGCUUCUCCAGGCAGAACCAGUGCACCCAGGGCAGAGGGCCUUUUCCGCGGCAUAUCACUGCCCCAUCCCACCUCAUGCCACCGGACUCCUCAGCCUGGUUCCCUUGCCCCAGGCAGGAGGAAAUCCCAGGGGCCUGCCUGGUAGAGGCUUCCCCUGUCCCCUUGGAACCAUAAGACUGAAAGAAUUCCUCCUCCUGUGUCGACCUCACCCUGCACUGCCACCUCUGUUCCUCACUUUGUGAUGGACUCAGGAGGCCCCAGCCUGGCCGAAGCACUGAGUCCCCCUUAAGACACUUCCACAGCCUCCCCCCAAGCAAAGCACAAAUUGUGGUGCCUGUGCCACAUGCAUGGGUCAUGUGGGAGCUCCUGCCUUGCCAGGAAAGCUGCUCCCCAAGGCCGAGAGUGGGCACGAGGCAGGGGUCAGCACUGGGGCCUGGGGAGACGGGGUUUUCUGUACCCCUAAUAUGUAGGGAGGUGGUCACUGCUGCUGGGCCCACAGCCAGCCAGCUGGCAGAGGGAAGGCGUGCCCAGAGGAAGAGGAGGUGUUCUGCUUCUCCAUGGCACCAGCAUGAGCUGGGCUGCCCUUGAUGGGAAUGAAAUGAACUUGGUAUUCGCCGUGCCAAGACCUCCCCAUUGUCGCCCUGCCCCUUGUUGCCCUCCCUGUCCUUGCCCACCCUCACCCAGCAGUGCCCCAGUUUCCUUCAGAUUUUGAUACUGUUCUAAUGUGGAACAGAACCAUCUGAGUCCCUCCCAUGAGAAGGGGGCGCGCACGGGGCACGGAUGGGCGCAGACACGGCCUGGCCUGUGCUGGGCAGAGGGGACGGCGCUUUCCCAGCGCUCGGCCCUAGGACAGACUCUCAGGAGCUCCGUCGCCUGGGCCUGGGCCCCUCCGCCAGCCCCUCCGUGUGCCCAGACCACUGGUGCAAUAUCUUUCUGCCACCCUCAAAGCAGAGGAACCAGGGAAUGUUAGGAGGGCACAGCGGCCCAUGGGGAGGAGGGGCCUCCUGGGCCUCCU